AUGGAGGACCUUUGCCCCUCUAAUUUGGGAGAUGCCAGAGAAUGUGAGAGCCAGAGUCAGAUGCAGGAGGAAAGGCAGGAGAGAUAUUUGAGUGAAGUGACUAAUCUUCAAGCCAUUCCUACUGAAAAAAAGCUUCUGACAUGUAAUGAAUGUGGGAAAGAAUUUCAUUAUCGCUCCAAUCUUACUGUACACCAGAGAGUUCACACUGGAGAGAAACCUUUCCGAUGUACAGACUGUGGAAAAUCCUUCAAUCACAAAUCAAACCUCACAGUACACUUGAAGAUUCAUACUGGAGAGAAACCUUUUGAAUGUAAGGAAUGUGGAAAAUCCUUCAGCCAGAGGUCACAUUUGACUUUACAUGAAAAGAUUCAUACUGGCCACAAGCCCUUUCAAUGUGAUGUAUGUGAGAAAGCAUUUUCUACGUCCACAUAUUUUAUUCAACACCAAAUGAUCCAUACUGGAGAAAAGCCUUACGUAUGUCAUGAAUGUGGGAAAGCCUUUAAUCACAGCUCGAGCCUCAUAAAACACCUGAGAAUUCACACUGGAGAGAAGCCUUAUACAUGUAAUGAAUGUGGAAAAGCCUUUAGUCAAAGCUCAAGCCUUGUAAAACACCGGAGGAUUCACACUGGAGAGAAGCCUUAUACAUGCAAUGAAUGUGGAAGAGCCUUUAAUCAAAGCUCAAACAUGUAUGUACACCAGAGAGUUCACAAAGACAAAAAUCUUCUCGAUCCCUAUAUAUGUUUCUUCUCUCCCCUCAAACCUCGGGCCCUCUGCACCCCUGUACACACCAAGCUCAUCCGCUGGCCACACUAG